UUUUUCGAAUAAUUUUAACAUAACUAAAUACUGAAAUUACUAUCAAAUCGGACAAUGUACCAAGUAAUCCAUUCAUAACGCUUCACUUUCUGUCUGAUAUUUGAAUAAGGAUAGACAAAUUUGCCGAAACAUUGUUUGAAUACCUAUAACACGAUGAUAAAAAUUACUAUCUAGACUGUCAAGGACGUCGCCCUAAUAGAAUCGCAUUUUAAUACAAUAUCGACGACACCGUUAUAAACUGCGUGUUAUUCAGUAUCGAUUGCCAUGAUCGAUUUGAGAGAUCUAGGCCGAGUUUCACAGGGUGAAUUAAGAAAUUUCGUCAGAUCUUUUGAUCAUGUGAUGUGUGACGUAGAUGGUGUUUUAGUAUUGGGGAAUUCCUUAAUACCAGGGGCCAACAAAUGCAUUUCCGCCCUAAGGAAACUGGGGAAACGGGUAAGCUUUAUAACGAACAACGGUACUGCCACGACCGAGCAAAUGCUGAAAAAUUUAAGCGCUUUUGGCGCGAAGGAGGACGAAAUAAUUAGCCCGGUAACUUCAAUAAUCGCGUAUUUAAAGAAAAUUAACUUCAACAGGGAUUUAUACGUCAUCGGAGGGUCGAAUCUAAGAGACUCUCUUAAAAGGGCCGGCUUCAAUCUGGUGGAUUUUCAGCCAGACCAGCUGGGUCAUUCGGAAGAUUUGCUCGCCGAAUUAAAAACGGAAUGCGUCAAAGUGAAAAAUGCGACCCACAAUAUCGGGGCUGUUUUGGUAGACACUGACUUCAAGUUGACGUUGCUGAAGGUCCAACGAGCAGUCGUGUUACUAACUUCGCGGGAUGACAUUCUGCUCAUCAGCGGCGGUCCCGAGGAUUGUAUCCCAUCCGGGAAAGACUUUAAAGUGAUAGGACCGAAAUUCUACAUCGACGCCAUCGAAAGGCUGAGUCAGAAAAAGUGCACGGUCCUAGCUAAACCGAGCGUUCACUUGCAAGACACCCUCGAAGACCAGUUCAAAAUUCGAGAUCCAAAGCGAAUUUUGUUCAUCGGAGACUCGGUUGGCACGGACAUGGCGUUCGCGUCGCAGUGCGGGUUUCAAAAGUUGCUAGUGCUGACGGGAGUUACUAGAGAAGGCGAUCUCGAGAACUGGACCUAUCCGGUCGAAUACAAGCCCCAUUAUUACGUAAAAAGCCUAAACGCUCUUAACGAAGAACUAAUCGACUUUUGAAUUUGUCGUUUUAGUUAGUGAAUCCGUGACAGAUAGAUCACAAAAAAAUGAUAUCGACCAGUCUUUGAUUUUCCAAGACUCAAAUGAAUGGUUUUUAAAUUUAUAGUUUAUUUUUCUUUUUUUUAAUGCAUUAUAUCUUUUUACCAGCUUACAAGAUUACAGAUUUUCAACUUUGUCUUCUCUACUUUGCUUAUACCGUUGUAACAGUAAAUGGAAUUUUGUUUACAAAAAUUAAAAAUUU